ACGACGGGAGGUACGUUGAGCGCAUGCGUCCGUGGCAGCCUAGAAAAAGGGACUGCUGGCGGGCCGAGCCGAAGACAUGGAGCAGGGCUACGGAGGCUAUGGGGCAUGGAGUGCUGGACCCACCAACACCCAGGGUGCAUAUGGAACUGGUGUGGCCAGCUGGCAAGGUUAUGAAAACUACAAUUAUUAUGGUGCCCAGAACACCAGCGUCACCACCGCAGCAACCUACAGCUACGGCCCAGCCUCCUGGGAAGCCACCAAGGCUGGUGAUGGCCUGGCGCCUGGGGGUCCUGCCAUACAUAUGGCUUCUUACGGCCCAGAGCCAUGCACUGACAAUUCUGACUCACUCAUUGCCAAGAUCAACCAACGUCUAGACAUGAUGUCCAAGGAAGGAAGCAGGGGUGGGAGCAGCACCGGUGGGGAGGGCAUGCAGGACCGGGAGAGUUCCUUCCGCUUCCAGUCAUUUGACUCCUACGACUCCAGGCCUUGUCUGCCUGAGCACAAUCCCUACCGUCCCAGCUAUAGCUACAACUAUGACUUUGACCUGGGACCUGACCGCAAUGGUGGCUUUGGCAGUCAGUACAGUGACUGUCGGGACCCUGCCCGUGAGCCCCGCUCGCUCGAUGGCUUCAUGCGGGGCCGGGAUCAGGGCCGCUUUCAGGACCGGAGCAACGCUGGCACCUUUAUGCGCAGUGACCCCUUCAUGACAUCAGCGGCCUCCUCCCAACCGCUGUCUGCUCCCUGGACAGAGCUGAACUAUGUGGGUGGACGGGGCCUGGGAGGCCCCGCUCCCAGCAGGCCCCCACCUUCCCUCUUCUCCCAGUCUGUGGCCCCCCAGUCCAUGGCCCCCAACUACGGAGUGAUGGGCAUGCAGGGGGCUGGAGGUUAUGAAAACUCUGUGCCCUACAGAUGUGGCCAGUCACAGACCCGGAUGAGGGAUCGGCCCAGGUGGAGAGGGUUUGACCGCUGCGGCCCAGAUGGCAUGGGCAGGAAACGGAAGCAGUUGCAAAUCUAUGAUGAGCCGGAUGCCAAGCAGGCCCGGGCCGACAGCGAAGGAGAUUUUUCCGAGAAUGAUGAUGGAGCUGGUGACUUCCGGUCAGGAGAUGAAGAAUUCAGGGGUGAGGACGAAUUCUUCGAUUCCGGGAGGCAGAGAGAGAAGGAUGACGAGGAUGAUGAAGUGAAGAAGAGGAAGGAAAAGCAAAGGAGAAGAGACAGGAUGCGAGACCGGGCAGCUGACAGGAUUCAAUUUGCCUGUUCCGUGUGCAAAUUUCGUAGCUUUGAAGAUGAAGAAAUCCAGAAGCAUCUGCAAAGCAAAUUCCACAAAGAGACACUGCGGUUUAUAAGUACCAAACUGCCUGACAAGACGGUGGAGUUCCUUCAGGAAUACAUUGUAAACAGGAAUAAGAAGAUUGAGAAGCGACGUCAGGAACUGAUGGAGAAGGAAAGCGCAAAACCAAAACCAGAUCCUUUCAAAGGGAUUGGCCAGGAGCACUUCUUCAAGAAGAUCGAGGCUGCUCACUGCCUGGCUUGCGACAUGCUGAUCCCUGCGCAGCACCAGCUCCUCCAGCGGCACCUGCACUCCGUGGAUCACAAUCACAACCGCCGGUUGGCUGCUGAACAGUUCAAGAAAACAAGUCUCCAUGUGGCUAAGAGUGUUUUGAACAACAGACAUAUAGUGAAGAUGCUGGAAAAAUACCUAAAGGGUGAAGACCCUUUCACCAAUGAAGCCGUUGAUCCAGAAAUCGAAGGAGUUGACAAUUUAGGAGGUGAUGAUAAGGAAGAGACACCUGAGGAGGUGGCCGCAGAAGUGUUAGCUGAGGUGAUUACAGCAGCGGUGAAGGCAGUAGAGGGGGAAGGAGUGCCCACUCCAAAGAGUAUUGAAAUGCCGGCUGAAGGGGAAAGCGCCGUGGACACCGCAGAGGCGACCAGUGGUCCCCAUCCUGAACAGCCGCUGGAGGCAGACACACACUGUGCAAUGGCGUCCGGGAAGGGGGACGCAGACGCAGAGGCCGGAAGUGAAGGUGCCCAGGCUGGGAACAAGGUUGCAGAGGCGGAAGGUGAAGCAGAGGCAGAAGGCACUGUAACAAUCACUGUUCCUGCCCCAGCGGCCCCAGCGGCCCCAGAAGCUGCAGUGGAACAAACUGACGCAGAGUCCAAAGAUGUCACUCCCACAGAAUGAGCCUCCUUUCCCUGUUUCAGGGGAUGUGUUAUAUGAUGCAUUGCUCUUUCUUUGGUUUGUAAGUAGUACUAGGGUGUGUGUUACUGGAAUAUGCUGAAAACAUUUUGGUGAAGAGACCCAGCUCUCUCCUUCAGAAAAACGUACCUCAUGGGCUUGUCUCAGAGUUGUGUGGCUUUCUGCCUUGGUUUGAAAGCUACAGGAGUACAUUCCCCCAAGCAGCUGUGGAAUAAUAAGAGUUGGGCAAUUAGAUUUUGAUACUUUGCUUGUUAAGAAUGCCCUUCCUUUAUUAUUAUUAUUACCAUUUUGUCUGGGAGCAGCUCAUUAUUACUAGGAUAUAUCUUACUUUAUAAAGAUUUUUUUUUUUUUAAGUUUUAAGAAUUUGCUUUGGCUUUAGUUUUUGACCUCUGCUUUUAUAGCUCACUGAAUGGGGUCUGAUUCUCACAAGAUGUAGCAGAAUCUUGUUAACGUGAUCCUCGUCCUGUCACAUCAGUGAACUCUGACCACUGCACCACUGGAAGCACACCCAGUGGCCCCUUAAGACUGAGGACACUUUGCCUAGGGCAUUGUUUCCCAAUCUUUAAUCCUUGGAGAAUUACCUUCAGAAUUGAUCUCCUGUGUUCCACCUCUGCAUUACUUCAGGGCCUUUUCUUUAAAUCAAGUUACUUCCUCUUAAAUAUAUUAAAAAAGAAAACUUGAUGUCCCUCCCAUGAAUGGAAAACCAAUAUAAAUCGCCACAGGUAUGAUGCUAUCUGUAAAAAAUGAAUAAAAUGAAGUAAACAUUUCAUUUUAGAUACUCUUCCUUUGGAGGUUCCUGAGUCUGAGAAAGGAAAGGUAGCAUGUGUUAAAGUGUAGCAAGCACUAGCUACAUGUUCAUAUAACCAAAAGAAUUGGAGGAGACCUACCUUUUAAAAUGGUAUUGCUGGGUCUAUUUCCCUGUAAACUUUUGAACUGUCAAAUUUGAGGGCGCAUUGGCCAGUGGGAAAUUAUUUUAAAAGAGGUAGUAAAAAUAUUUGAUGAGCAUCUACUGUGUACCAGGUGCUAAUUCAUGAUAAAAAUAAGAUAUGAGCACUGCUCUCAAGGAGCCUUACUAGAGAUGUAAGAUGAAUAUUUAUGAAAAAGUCUAUAUUAGAACUAAAUAAACUGUUCAAUAAGCAAGGAAA